AUGACUACAAACUCUCUCGAGGAGCUGCCUCCCGAGAUCUGUGCUUUGAUCAUCGAACAUCUGGCUCUUGACGACAUCCGACAUUUACGCCUUGUCAAUCGUGCCCUUGCCCACAAUGCGACCCAGGACCGAUUUCGUGCUUGCUUCAAGACCAAGAACGUCGAAACUACACGAGAGGGGCUGGAGAAACUCGGCUGGAUCAUCGCGAACAGUCGGCUCGGGCGUCUUUUAGAACAUUUGACAUUAUUAGGCGUUGCUUACGACCUCGUCCAUCCCGCUCGCAUCGCCAUGCCUGACAAAUGGCCACACGAAGCGUCUACACAUGAUGACAGCAACGCAGAACCUUUGAUAGCCGGAUCUGACGAUGUAGUUGCCAGGACCAAAGCGCGGGAGGAUCUCAGAUUUUUGACCCAGCGAAAAGCGGAAUACAUCGAAUUUCACAACACUGGCAUGGCUCUCUCCUUCCUGACGGAAGCACUUCGCACCUUCAAGAUGUACAAGCCUCGUGGCUUGCACAGUCUGUCAGUCUCAGUGACUGUGUACCAAGAUGCGCUCUUGACAGAAGCACCUAGUGAUGUUGGCUGUUGGAUCUGGGUGCACAAAGCAGCACAGCACACGUUCUUCCUCGCCAUGAACGCUCUGGCAAUGAGCAAAAUCGCCGUCACUUCUCUGGAUGUAUUCGGGACGCAUUCGCGCGGCUUCGGUCUACCAUGUGAUGCGCUCGCUCAUACUUGCCGCACGUAUCCGGGCUGUUUCAACCUCCCCGGACUGAAGAAGCUCAUCAUCUGCAUAUCUGAUCAAAUUCUGGUCGAGACAGCGGAACGAGUCAUCAUGCCUGUUGAGACGGGACUUGAGGAUUCGCCAGUGUUCACUUCCGCAAUGGAGCGGUUGCCGGAACGCAUCAGGAAUACAGUCAACCGUUCAUCGCAGGCGCUCGCGACGAUGCUGGAGGCAUGUCCCGGCUUGGAGAUCUUGGGCAUUUCUUUCUACCGACAAACCUACCUGGACGAACAACUGAAACAUGUCAGAAAUGAGUUCAUGCGUCAAUACAUGUAUUUCCUCGCGAACAUGCGGCCGGGCAAGCACUUGCGAUAUGUAAAUCUAUCGGGCCUUUGGGUGAACGAGACGGAUCUGAUUCACUUCCUUGAGCAUCAUAGUGCCUCACUUCAAGGCGUCGAGUUGCGCUACGUUAAUGUUGGAGAAGGCAAAGGAGACGCACUCUUGUCUAGUCUUGCGAGCCAAAAGUUCUCGCUGGAUGCGCUCAGUCUUGAAGAUGUGUGGCUUGGAGAAUCCGAGCUCAUGGCGUUCGAUGGCGAGGAAGAUGAGGACGGUACCAGUGUUUUCGGACCCCUCGAGCAGGCCACUGCGAUUCGGCGAGCGGACAAAGCUAUUCGGCGCCAGAUACCGUAUCGCCCAUUCACCCUUCCAGAAUUCUAUAAUCCUAGCACGUCGGACACGGGAAAAUGGCUGGAGAUGAAUCAGAAGGACUUUGGUGAUUGUCUUUGA